AAGAGAUUUAUCUUGAAAAAUGUAUAAAAGCCUUAAAACUUGUUGCGAGGAAGGAACUGCGAACGAUUGGUCUUUCGUUGAAGCUGAAGGGACAUGCAGCCGAAUAAAUUUCACUUCCUUCCGCGAUAUCGUACGAGUUCCUUCAAGCCUUAUUACAUACAGAAGUAGAAAAACAAAAUGUGCUGAUGAUUUACAAAUAAGAAACAAUUCAUAUUUAUUAACAUUUUUAGUACCACAUUGAAGCUGUUACCUAAAAUUUUUAUAAGAUAAUAUUUUUGUUUUUAACAUAUCUUAUUGAUUAUUUUAAUGAGAAGAAAAUAUUCCAUUUCGCGUAGAAUAUUGCGAAUUAGACACCCUUAUCAAUAGCAAGGAGUUUCUGGUUGUUAUAAAAAACCACCUCGUUUCUAUAUUUCCGGAAGAUUUCUAAUUUCGCAAUCAUAAUUUGUUAAUAAUUGGACAUUGUUUGUUCCUAGGGUGGAAGAGAUUCCUCUCGCUAGCCAACUGGUCCCAGGUGUAUACACGGGGAGCGUGGCAGACGCGUGCUUCUCCCCUCUUUCACUUCUGCAUGUCGAACACAGUUGGUCUUACUUGCCCUUUCAUUUUCUCUAUAUUUUAUAUAAAAUUAAUAAAUGAAUAUAUAAAAUUACCACAAAUACAAAAUGUACCAGUUUAGACUGAUGAAACUUCAAGAUAUUAAAUCUAACAAUUUUAUUUAAAAAAAGACGAAUAUUAUCAACGUGUGUGGUUACCGGAGAAAGUAAGAAGAAAAUGCAGUGCAAUUAAAGGUAGAAAAAUGUAGAAAGCUCUUCUCCGAAGAUUUGCAUCAAGGAAAGGUGGUAAUACCAUGAAAAAGAAGAAAGAAGAAGCGAUAGUGGUUCAGUUCAAGCCGAAAAGUCGUGGGAACCUUUUGGUUAAGAUAGGAUAGAAAGAAACGAAGAAUCUCGGUGGAUGGUAAAGAAGAGGAAAGAAAAGAACACGAAGAAGGUAAAGGUGAACAGAGUUUGAACGAUGGGAUGAGAUCUUUGAUCCGUGAUUCGAUGCGAGUAGCAGAAAUCGGAGAUGCAAUACGAGCUUUGUACUUGAAACUUAACUAAUGGCUAUCAUAUUUGACUAUUAGGAUCAAUUAUCGAUUUUUUUUUUUUUUUUUUAUAAUGCUUGUUGCCUGAGAAAAAUGUUUAAUAUAAGCAAUGGUAGUACAUUUACUGGUUCCCCCAUGGCACUACAGGGUUGCAUGGAUGAAUUUUAAAUGUAGAUACAAUACUUUAAUUAGCAUUCAUUUAUUUCUUAUUUUUAAUAUAGAGAUACCUGAAAAUCAAGAAUUUUAAGAAAAAAACGAGUGUCGUACAAGUGGUUGGAUGCAGUGUAUCUUGGUCAUCGGCCAGAUCCUUCGAUGCGCGAUAAUUGGAGGCCGAGGAGAAAAGUAUUCUUUUCUGGUUGCUUGUCGGUUGUAGUAAUUUAGCAGGUAGCGAGACCGCACGUUUCCACGUAGCCGUGCUCACCCUCUGUCCUCGGCUCUCUGUUGGCCGCCCUCCAACACCCUUUCGUCCCGUUCCGCGUGUGUUUAAAAGCGUUUAAGGGUGCCCUCCAAUCUCAAGUGCUCUCUCGCCGGAUACACAAUGGUUCUUGCGUAUUAUUUGUUGGUGAAAUAACAUGCUGUCAGUUAUGGAGGAUAUGCUAAAUAUAUAGGGUACGGCUAGAAAUUCGAAGGAGAAUCGAUCGAACUCCUCCUGAUCCUUCGAGUGUUGUGCUUCGAGUCACGUUGAACCGGCACGUUCACGUUCCAGAACAAGAUUUUUAUACAGAACCUUCUUUGACAAGACGAUUCGCAUCGCCAUCACCUACCGAUGUUAUUUGGAAUACGACCAUCGAUCGCGGAUUCCUUUUACUUUUUCGGUUCGAUCCCCUGAGUCUUCGAUUUUUGAUCGUUAUGAAAACGAUGAAAGGUUUAUUUAGUUUUUCUUUAUUCCACCUGUCGGUAUCAUGUUAACACCUAUUGUUAUAUAAGAGGUGUUGAAAGGUUCAAAGGUAUUUCUUCAUUUAUACUGUUGUGCUUUUUGAAACGUCAAAUUGCAACGCAGAAUUUUGAAUCAUUAAAUGAUUAAUAAAUGGAUUAAAUUUAUUAGUAGAUUAAGAGCAUAUCUUUGCUUUCCAAAAUUGGGUAUUAGAAUAUUAUAGUUAUUUAUUUCUUCUUUAAUAAAAAUUGUCUUCUUUCAAUAGCUUGAAAUGUUUGCACACGUGUUUGAUUUGUGUAUGGAAAACAGGGAGCACGAGUCAUAAUUUGGGAUAAUUAUAGUCGCGUGCCUUAUAAUAACACAGUUGCGAAAAUAAUUACAUGAAACGGUGAUUUUAUUUGCUGAAUCUUGAACUCAACAUUCGAAUAAAUGUAAUAUACAUUCAUAACAUCAUCAUCAAAUAUAUAUAAAUAAAAGAAAAUUAAUUUCGCUAGAAAUAAUCGAAAUAAAUCAAAUUUGUUUUAUUUCUUUUUCUAUGGAUCACCAAAACGUCGAUCAAGAUUUCGUGUUAUAAAUUUCGCUUCUCGGAGGUUCAUCAGUGUCCCAAAAACAAACAGUUCCGCCUCUUCGUUAAUUCAGACGAUAAUCAAAUAACGCCGAUUCGAUCGAACAUAGGAUACAUGUAAUUAAAGAGUAUGUAAUUAUGGACUUCUUCCAAGAUGAAGCGUAUUAAGUUAUUAGUUAUUAAUUGCUUUAUUAGAUUAAACGGUUGAAGAUGCGUCGGUAGGCGGGGAAUUUACUGUAAUCUUUUUCAUCCUUCGAUUUUAAAUCGAUUGAUCAUAAGUUAUAAUACAGUAACAUAGAAAUUUAUUUUAAUUACAAUUAUUUUACCAAAGUUGAAUAAUAUAAGAUUGUUGUACAAGAGGUAUACAUUAUUAAAAAUUUGUUUUACGCCACUCUCUUAACUGACAGUAAAAAUAUCAUCAGCAAUUAUUUUCUCAUUUUUUCUAAUUUAUCCGCGCGACGCGAAAGGAACCGUGUCUUGUUAAAAUCCAAUCCAGUUAACAUCAUGGCCCCGGUCUGCUAUUAUCAGAUUACAAUUUAAAGAUACUAAAGGUGGUAAAACGCUGACAGGGUCACGAAACGCGUAUUGUGAAUAUCUUUAGAGUCAUAACGAGUUGCAGGCGUGGGCGGACGUAAGUGCGAGACGCGCGUUUCACCUUCUACCCUGACGGGAUAAUUUUCUCUGCUGGCUUAUCCCUUCCUCGGCAUCCAUAUUAUUUGGGAACUCUACCACACGCGUCAUAUAAAACCAGAGUCUUUAUAUCUGAAUGAAAGAGAACACGGAAUUAAAAAUAAUUCUAGUAUAGACUUAAGUUUUUAUUAAUUAUUUAUAUUUUUAAAUAAAAAAGAAUCGGCACGAAUCGAGGAGAGCCAAAGAGUAUCAAAAGGCCUAAAAAGAAAUUCAAAUAGUAGAAGUUCUAUAUCGACAGCUCUAUUACAGAUUUUCUAAAUUAUCAAUGAAAAUGAUGAUGGAACCAUAUCGAUAUCUCUAAAAAAAAGGAAUCGUGUCUUCGUUCUUAGCAACGUAACCUGGCUAUCAGCCGAAGUAAAAUGUUAUUUGAUUUGUGGCCGAGAAAGAGUCGUCUGUAAUAAGCGUACCGCCUCUUCCUCAAUAUAUCUGUCUUGAUGGCUCAAUGCGCACGUGACCGCACGAGAGCGGCAUGACUUUACAAUACGACCCUCAAAAACGGUUAUAGCUGCACCAGCGAUGAGAACAGGCACAGGCUGUAAAAACAUUCUGACUCUCAUUUGGGGUUGCAUUUAACACUUUGAUGACUGAUGCCACAUAUCAGUAACUUUGGUUGAUGAAUUUUUAAAAUUGAAAUAAUAUAAUUAGAUGGUACGUUACAAGAAUCUCACGGGACUCUCACGAGACGUGUAAUUCUUUUAUGUUACACGCAGACGAUUUCAUCUCAGGCAUCUGCUUCUCAUCUAUGUACCGCCUUAGUAAGUAGCAGUAAGCUCGUCGCUGAAGCUGAUCCCGAGAUCGUCCAAAGAUAGGAUCAAAAGAGGUGAGAGGACCACCCGGGCUACUUAGAACAAGAGGAACCGUGACAUCGGUGUCCGAUGUCUCAUCGAAAAUGUUGACACCUGUAAGCGUUCUUGCAAAUUCAUUCAAAUAUCACGUUAUUGUUAAUAGAACCUGAUUUUCUGGCUUCCUUGGUACCAUUUUUAACCCUUCUCUGGGUAGGUGGUUUCCUAAGACCAAUAAAUUUAUUUUGCAAUGUCUGAUGAGACAAUAGAAAUUUGCAUACAUUUUUAAAUAAUUGUAUUAAAAGGAAUUUGUUAUAAAACAUUUGGGAAAUUAUUCUGAAAAAUGGUAAUCCAAGGACGAAGGAGAAAUUUUCUAAUGACGAACAAACAAAAGUGCAAAUUUACCGAAUCUUAUCGUGAACCUAAUCCUCUCAUUGACUAUGCAUUCCGAAGAAAGGUCGUGUUUUUUGAUGCGACAUUUUUUAGCUAACUGGGAUAUCUCACUAGAGGAAGUGGUAGCACUAAAUUUCCUUAAACUACCUUUUCUUUUUCUCGUGGUACUGUUGACAAUCUGAUCGUGCCUAUUCCCAUGAGAGAAAAGGGAUAGAAAAGUAUGUCGGGUUUGUAUAACAGAAAGGGAUGGGAAGCUAGAAUUCUAUAAUCCUUCGCCGAUCUUCGCAGUGUUGUCUUAAAAACGGUCUUCGCACCUAUUUUAACGCGGAUGUGUUAUCGGAGGAUCGAAUCGACUAAUAUUUAUUUCUCAAACAAAAACUACCAAUGACAGUUCACAGGUUCUCCUAUGCUAUUUUACCGAUUUACAUCUUGGGUCAUUUGUCCAAUAGAAGAAACUACACGACAGAUACUGAGACGAUCUUGAGAAAGCAACGGGGUUUAAUACAUGCAAUAUAAUCUGUUUUUAGCAGAUUGGUCAGAUAAAAAUAUAUUAUAUAUAAAUAAAAAUUUCACUGUACGAUUCAAAAAUUUGUUUCUAACGUCAACAUUUUUCAGAUCCUCCUGGUGAAAUGUGUUCCCGAAUGGAAGUUACGGGCUGGAACUGGACGAAAUUUCGUACUCAUUUUCACGGCAAAAAUUGUAAUAUAAACCGGUUUAAGACAACAAAGGGAAUUUAAGCAGUUCUCACGAACUAACGAGUAAUUCACGAUAACGUCUGACGAGACUAUCGAAGACCAGCGCCGCCCACAUCCGGAGGAGGUGCUGCUAGUGAUGGUUGUGCGAUCACCUUGAUCGGUGAUCGGUAUAACGCGUUUGUUGGUUUUACUUAUAUACUUAACUUGCAUUUAUCCAGAGUGAUCUGAACCUCUGUCUUAAAUUAAGCCUUAUGAAUCUCACGAUCCUAUUCGACUAAUUUCAGAUAAAAUUGACGGUCAUGUAGCGUGUGAAGAAGCGAAGGUGUAAUUUAAAUUAUCUGUUUCCUCCUUUCAACACAUUACCAUCAAUUUUCGCUUCUCGAGAUGGUCCAAAAGUGAAGCAAGAAAUUACACUUGGUAGUUUUAAUUAAAUGAGACAAUCAUUAGACGUCGUGGAAGAAGUUCUUUCUAUACUACCAAUUUCCAGAAUUUCCUCCUAAAGCCCUAAUGGGUAUGGCUUCUACAGUUCAAGAGUAGAAAUAUUAAACAUUUAAAUUUUAUAUCUGCUUCUAAAGAUUUCCUGCAGGUUAAGAGAGCCAAAUUCUAUAAUUCUUAUGAUCAGCAAAUGUCAGCGUGAUUUGGCAUAAUCUCAUCUGUUAGUUGAAAGUAUGGUUACACCUACUAGGAGGAUUCUAAGGUAAAGGGUAGUGAGAAGGUAAGCUAAUAGGGGAGGGUGAAUGAGGCGCGCGAGCCUCCACGGGUCGCUUUUUCGAGGGAGGACGAGCCAUAUGGGAAGCAUACGGUAAGCAGGCUGCACCCGCUGCCUCGAGGGUUUAAUCUACCUACCGUCCGCCAAACUACCAUCCAAGGAAAUCAUGUAUCCUCGAAAGAUCGUUGUGACUACGUUUCCGCUAUUAAUGUCCCCGUGUCCUUACUGCAUAACAACUUAGGUAUACCUCGAAGUCGGCCAUUUCUUCGAAGAACGUACUAUUUUAUCAACCCUGCGACCAAUGAAUUUGUACGAUCUACAAAGAUAAGUUAAAAUAUCUUCAUUUAUUUAAAAUAGAAUACAAGUGCAUCGAAUCGUGUUUCUGGCUAUUAUUUAUACUUAACUUGUUCUUUUUUUUAUUUCUCUCAGUUUUUGCCGAAGAAAAGAAGACACUGUCUAGUAGACAUUGCCCGGUUUUGUCUCUCGCUUGCCAACUGUCCCAGGUGUACGUGUCUGAGGAUGAAGGCAAAAGGCCCAAGAAGACUCGAGGCGUGUGGCUGGCGCGUGCUGCUAGUCCUCGAUUCCGUUUCCCCGCCCUUAAGUUGCUUCCGAUCGUUGUCUGCCAUAAUCAGCAUCACCACUGCCGCCGCCACCUCAACAGCCAUGGUCACGCUUUUUAAACACGCGAACUGACCUUCCAUGCCUUUAUGCUUACGAAAAAUUUCAUCGUUACUUCCUUUCUUCCCUGCUUCUUACAAUUUUUGUCUACUCACGGCUACGUCAUUUCUAACUGCAGGUUAGUAUUGUUCGCAAAGUAUAAAUAUUUUUUUAUUUUAAGAAAAUAUAGCCAUUAUUAAGAUUUCUAAAAUUCACAUUGGGUACUUUCAAUUUUCCAAGGGUGUAUUACAUGAAUUUUUGAGUCGCUCAGUCUUCAAAGGGUUAAACAUGUGAACCGAGCAUGCACUUGUGCUUAUGAAAAUUUCAUUUUACGUUUUUUAUUUAAUCAACUAUGCUAUUGGAAAAAUGAUAAUAGAAUAGUUAUGGGGCAAUUAAAAUGAUUGCUGAUAUUUAAACUAUUCGUGGAUGUUGAAAACAGAAGCUCGAGCUACUUGUCCACGAAUUAUGGAAAUUCGAAGGAUAAAUUGUUUGUUCCUUUCGGCAAUAAUUUGCGUAAACGCGGUGAUUUUCGAACCAGUCAAGAGAUGAUAGCAAUUUGCAACUUUCAACUUACUUCCACUUCUCGCUGUCACGAAUAGCUUUAUAAAGUCAAUGGAAAUAUAUUCUUACUUAUAAUUUAAUAUUCCAUAAAAAAAAAAUUUUGAGGCAAAUUUUCGUGAGAAAACUUUGAAAGAUUUUCUUUUAAACGAAUUUCUUGAAUUAUUAAAAAAACAAAAAGAGACGAAGAAAAGGGAAGAAACAAAAGGGAGGUUCGAAAGAAAGGAAAGUGCAGACAAUCGUAGGAUGUAGUUCUAUGUACUAAUUUAUAACAUUCUGAAAGUUCGCAAGAACGAAUCUCGUGGGCACGCGAGAUUAUACGGCAACGUUUGUUCCAUUUGACACGGUAGAUCAUUGGCAAAAGCGGCUCCUUUGAUAAUUCUAAGGCGCGUUAGCAUUUCUAUGGCGUUGAAUUGCUUCGGUUCGUUUUACUGUAGCGCCAAAAAAUCUUUGGUAUCGCGUCACCAUUGUAUUACAUAUUUUGGACAGGUUAGGACGUUUAACCAUUUAUCUCGUCAUUGACGUUAAUCAGAGCGGUUUCGGUCGUGGCCAAAAUCUUCUUCUUCGAUCUAUAUAAUUCCGUUUGUCACGCGUGAGACAUUUAGCAUGCACAUCUUGGAUAAUUUUUAAAUUAUGCUUUCUACGAAAAAUCGUACGAUUUCAAUGGAAACGUAUGAAAGUCAAGAUGCUCUUGUUCAUUAAAUCUUCAUGAUUUCUGAUCAAUAAAUAUUAGCUACAAUGUAUUAUAUCCUAAUGAGAGUAUAAAAUUUGAACACUCGCCGGGGUAGUUGCCGGUAAUAAGAUGCGGAACCGCUUUAAUAUUCAAUAUAAAAAUUGAAUAUAGCGUUACCGAUGAUUGUUGCCGGUAUCUGUAUGCAAAACUUAAUGCUCGCCGACUACCUGUGUGGUCCUGAAUAUAAAAGCGCUACUCUGCAGUAGUUUCUAAAGAUUGCAUACUUGUUACUAUUAAAAAGUGCCCCCGAGGUGUGCGAUCACCAAUUUCACUCAUUUAAAUUUGCAAAUAUUCUCUUGUCUUUCAUUUAAUUUUUCUAAAAGUUAUUUGUACAGAUUUUAAGCGAACGUUUUGUUUUCGUGAAUUCGGGGCGUAAAAAUAUAUUUUCAUUUCACCGCCCCUUCCUUUGGAGGUCUCUUCUGUGGGAAGGGUUUUCAACCCCAAAUAUAGGUAAACGCAGAGGGAUAGGUAUUCGGGGCCUGAGAUCUCAUAUAUCCAUACUAGCUUUCCCGAAACCCAUAAAAAUCCCCCAUUUUUAGAUCAAAAUCGUUGCAUCGACUGAUUUCGUUUUCGGGCCGCCGAGAACUUUAGAUAAUUAAACUGGAACCUGGUCACGGUUCUUAUUCCCGAAGAUCAAGGAAGAAAGUCGGCACGGUAAAGGAAUUAAAAUUGUAUUAGACGUUUCAAAAUUACUCAAAUUCUAUUGUAUAAUGGAAAGUUUGAAACAUUGCCAUAAAUAUGGCAAAAGAUUAUUGAGUUGACUUAUGGAAUCUAUGUUGUCCAUCGUUCAACAUAGGAUUUUUAUAUUUUAAUUUUUAUAUAUAUUAAAGGUAAAAAUAUAAAAAAAUUGUAAUUUUUUAAAAUUUUCUUUUGUACAUUAGUAGUAUGGCUUUAUUCGAUUAGGAAGCAUCUUUCUUUUUGUAGAUCCAUAUCCAGGUAUACGGAACGUAGAAAAAUUUUAACGCGUUUACGACUGACCGUCACGCCGGAAAAUCCUUCGGGAACAUCUACUGACGUAAUUACGAGCGACUUAUAACAGUGUGGUAACCCCUUCAUUUGUGAAGUAUGAUAAACUGUUGCUCAUCUACCGUCCGGAGAUUUGCCUCCAUGAUUUAUGCUAAUACAAUGGACCUACCUCAAAGUAUCCUCUACUAAACGCUCUAUUAGGCUUAAGUUAAUUACGAGACUACCUUCCUGUGGGCUGGUUCAACACGGUUGUUACCAUAUUACGAUACAUAUAUUACGUCCGUAACGAUGCGAGGGAUUUCUGAAUUAAAUUUGACCGAUUGAUGCUGGUAAGAAACUUCGCCAACAUGUUUAUUUCAAUAUUUUAUAAAAUAACAAGGAGGGUGAGGAGUUUUCUAAGGUUAAUACGAUACUAAUGGUACAUUGAACCUUCUUUAAUUUCUUUCAAUUAUCGGAUUAUAUGAAAUUUGUGGCGUCGGUCACGGGUGACCCCUACGAUAGUUGCCAUCCAUAGUUUCGUAGAAACCGUAAAAUCAGCCAACAAGCAUAGUUAGGUGGUCGAAGCGGCAGCCGAAAACCGAAGUAACUUCCAAACUAGUCCUUAUUUGUGAUUUUGUCCCUUUCUUUGAAAUCUGACGAGUGAUUAGCGAUUACGUCCCCGAAAUGGUAUAUCGGAGCGUGCACAAAUAACUAGGCGGCAUGUCGGUACGUUCAAACGCGCCAAGUAUGAGAAACUGGAGUCAGGGGAAAAUAAAGUUAUUGUCCAUAAUCGGUUUUGUAUCCGGAAGACAUCGACGGACCCGUUGGUGGUCGUCCUUCUAUAUUUAUUUUAUAUUAAUAUUCAGACACCGUAGCAUGUCCGAAUAUAGGUACCAAAUUUUAGCAAAUAUUUUUAAAGUGAUAUUUCAAAUUCACAUAGGCCUUUUUUUAAUUUUUUGUUUCAUUGUUUCAAGAAAUAAAUUCAUAAAAAUCGCUUGUAUUAUUCGAUAGUUAAUAAUAAUCCUUGGUGUUUAAACAUAAAUAGGAACGAAACGAUGUCGGCUCAGCCAGAAAGGACAAAAUAAGGAAUUUGAAAGCGGAACCGGAUAAUGUGGUAAUUGUAUUCUGAGAAUCAGUUCGGCACGCACCCCUUAACAAGCUUCGAUGAGUCUUCUCCUGUCUGGUUCUAGACACGGCAACUCGGAAUGCAUAGAUGAAUGGAACACAGGUGUCAGAGUCAUGGCUGUCACAAUUCGUCUAACCAGUUAUGAUGGCAUAGCGAAAAAUUAGAUCACCCCGAUUGGAGAUUUUUUAAUGAACAAAAUUGGAGCAACUAUUAAGACACACCUCUGUCUAAUGAAUUAUUAAUGAAAUGGAAAAUCCUAGGAAACAAGAGAAAAUGGGAGGAGAUGAAGUGAAAUAAAUGGUAAUAAUUCGAUUUCUAGACCUACAUUUGUCUGCAAAAGCUUAUAUCUCUAUUGCUGAAUGCAUAUUCAUUGAAUAGGCCUGGCCAUGUAGUCGAACUUCGUGGAGGGUCAGACAGAUAGCGUCAUACGGUGCUCUCAUAAAUUAUCGCUAGUUGCCGGGUAACAUGUUAUUUGCCACCGAGCUCACAAAUGAGUACAUUUUGUAUUUAAUUACUCGACUCACGCCCAGGGCGCAUCCUCACCAUCGGACCUACCUCGGCCAUUUUGGCUCCAGGCCUUCUGUUGCUUCAGUUUUUGUCUCUCUCAGUUUCCCUUUUUUUCAUCUUAUCAAAGUUCUGUUUUGUUUUUUUCUUCAUUAUUUUACUCCUUAUAAUCGUGGAAUACAAGAAAUUAAUUAGUGAUUUCAAUUAAUUUAUUGUAUUGGGUAUCAAUACACUGCUGAUGAAAAGAAAUGCAACUGAUAAUUAAUUUUUUUUUUAUUUAUUUAGAAAAGUAGAUGCUAUUAAGAAAAUUUCAUAUUAAUUUAUUUCAAAUUUAACUGAGACCAAUUAAGAGAAAAAUUGGGAAUUCUUUAGCAAGGUUCUGACGAGCAAAGACAGGAUGAGUGGGUUGAACAGCUACAACCACCAUGGGUAAGCAGGUAAGCAAAAAGAUGAAAACAGAAGGUCGAAAGCGAGAUAAUGUUGUAGGUGAACCGAGCAAGGAUAGGCACAGACAAGCGUGCAUUUCGUAGUCCUAAUUAUUGGUUCCGUCCCAGUUCCGUUCUAAAACAAGAAGAUAAUAGAUGGAAGCAAUCAAUUUUUAAAUUGCACCCUAAUUCGACGGACGAAUACUCUCGCGUGAAAAUCGCACAACUAUUUAGAUGUAACAAAAAACAUUUCUUUGAGAAAUCCCUAUCAAUUAUUAUUCAAUUUUUUACAUUUCUUUUUGUACCUUGAUCUACAAAUCAUUUAAGACGUUAAAUUUACAGAAUGGGUACCGAAGAUCCUAUCUAUCGUGGGAGACAAAAAAUUCAGCAUUUACCGAUCACACGAUUGUUCUCGUUAAAGGUAUGAAAAGUACUAAAGGUUUUUAAGCAUGGGAUUAUCGUGUCGCUACUUAGGAAGAAUUUUAGGACGACGGCGGGACGAUCCCGAAAUCCAACACGGCUGCGUCCGAAGGGAAUGACAGAGAUCGGGUUGCUUCGGACCACCGUCGUGCUCGCCGCAAACUUUAUCCUACCUGUUUUCGCUAAUUGAGCGAGUAAAAAUGUAACUGGACCUUACGCCCCUGAGGUAUUUGCACCCUUUUCAAGAUACGAUCCGUUCUUUUCCCAAGGUAAAUUUGCGCUGGACCGCGUUCCUCAUUGCAGCCGGUUCCAUUCCAUCAUCCCUUCAAUACUUAUUGCUUAAAGGUAUUUAUCCAUUCAAUUUUUCUCAAUAUUAUUAUUCAGAUUCGUCUAAUGAUAAUUAAAUGAAAUUUUCCCAAUUAAUUAAAAAUGUGCGUUUGAUAAGAAUCUCAAGUGGACCAUGAAACAUUCCAUAUAUUAAAAAUCUUCAUACAAUUUAAUCAAAUAAUCUCGAUAUUCCAUUUAAAUCCUCAAUUGAAAUGCAUAGUGUGCUUCAAAUCGUUACAUUUAUCCAGUAAACUUUCCCUGAACGAACAAAGUACUACAAUUUGCUUCUUGAAGAAGACCAUUUUUCAAUAUAAUCUUCAACGAAUUACCGAUGAAGUAUAUCAACCAACAGGUAGUUGGUCACGGUUGGGCCAACUUCGCGUGGAACGUAUAGGUGUGCAUAAUGUGCAGUGAACAGAGCUUGCACAUGUCCAUACACAUGCAUUCGAAAGGGCCUAACGCAAUGGCUGUGUACAUGAUCGUGUAGGUUGGAGGCGCCGAUGCCACCUGUUGCACUAGCCAUUCGCAUACUCCGACCUGGUUGGCCCUACUUCAUGGUAAAAGUGGUGGGGACACCAGACGAGUGUUCAUUGGUCAGACGGCACGUGCUGCACGAGGGUGCCUCGCUCCGAAAACGCAUAAAUUCCCCGCCACUGUGCCUGCCGACUUCAGAAACACCCCGACAGCCGAGUCGGUAUGUGCACACAGAGAACCUGAAGAGAAUCAUCGUGAAACGAUCAAGAGAAUUCUACUUCUAUCGCGAAUUCUAUCUAAGAAGACUACGUUCGAACAGAAUAAUCUAAUCGUGAUUCCGUGACGACACAGUGGAAAUACAGUGAAGGAAUUGACGAAGAAGGUUCACAUACCUGUUCAAGUGAACGUAUCAUCUUCAAUUUCGGUGCGAUGGAAUUGCAGGAGAUGUUUCGUUACGGAUACAUGUUCCCACCUAGAGAAGACGAAGUUGUAUCCUGCACCUACCUGGACUUACCGAGUUAUCCUUAUUCGAAGAGCAAGACUGAUCUCCCUCCGGUAAGCACGAUCACGGUACCCCAGUGCAUCGUCUAUGACGGGAAUCACAGUGACGGCUGGCACACGCCAAGUCCAACUGCCAGUCUCAGAUCGGUUAGUCCUGCCACGACCCUAUCCGAACCUGACACGAUCACCACUUCGGUUACCUACCGUAUCCUAGGCUCGGUGGAUGAAUUGAACAAGAGGUACACCACGAAGAGGAAUCAAUCCGCAAUGGGCACCGAGACGAAGCAUAAUACGAACAUGGUGGAUCUAACGGAGGAAGUAAAUAGUAUGGACGCAGACACCGAUGGAACCGGGGAUGUCGAGAUCGAAACGGAUCACGAGAAGGCACAAUCGUGUCGAGGUAGUGUGAUCAGCAAUUCUAGUAGUUUCUCAGAUAGAAUCGUGGACGCUGAUAGCGAAGACGAGGCUGAGAUGAGCGACAGUCCAGAUCACGUGGGAUCCGGAAACGGAGGCAGUGGUGUUAGAAGAAGAGGUAAAUACGUGAACUCGACGAUCGUUAGGAAACGCAGACUGGCGGCGAACGCAAGGGAAAGAAGACGAAUGCAGAAUUUGAAUAAAGCCUUCGACAGACUGAGGGCUUAUCUUCCAUCUUUGGGCAACGAUAGACAAUUGUCCAAAUACGAAACUCUCCAAAUGGCACAGUCUUAUAUCACAGCUCUGUACGAUUUGUUGCAAUGAGAAUGAAUUAUUUUCCCACGUGAAAAUAUAUUUUUAAGAUAUUCCGAACUGUGUUAAUGAAAUUAAUGAAAAAUUGAGGUAUUAGGUUCUUUUGUGAUUCUCAGAUUGAUAUUGUUUAUCGUUUAUUGUGACGAAUGGACAGUUUCAUAAGCUAUAGUUAUAGAAUUUCGUUUCAACAAAAAUAUGCUUUCAAUUAAAACAUUAGCUUCUUUUUCUUCUUCUUUUGUAUUUAUCGUAUGUGAUGGUGAUCAUACAGAGACAGUUUUAAGAAAUUCUUGUAAAUAAUAGGAAGAUUGUAAAUUUUGUAAAAUAGUAGUAUUUUAAUUAGUAAGUUUUUUAAAAUUUAGGAUUGUAUUAUAAGGUGAAGCAAGUCAGGUACCUAUAAUUUAUUAAUGCGCUCUUCUUUGAGACUGAAAUAUGUGUUGAGAAAUAUAAUUAUUUUAUAAACUCUUCAUUGUUUAUCCUUCCCGUUUCCAAUAUUGUAUUGCAAAACUGUUGAUACAAAUAUUUUGUGUUCUCUUCUUUUAAUGAUUUCUGCUUGAGCAUUUCGAAUGAAAUUACCUUGUAAUUGGUUGCGUCAUGUUGAUCGGUGACCUGUCAAAUGCAAAGUUAGAUCAUAAGGGAUGAAGUAUAUUCGGGGCGAAAGAAAAACAGCAUCGUCAUCGGUGGUCUGGUCGUCAUACGAAACCCACGCGACGCGUCGGUGCCCGGUUUCAUUGCAAUUUGAGAACCUGCAGCCUCCUUUCUUCGACGAUGACUCUUCUUUCUUUCUCUUUCUCGUUCCUCCUUCGAUUAUUCAUUAUUGCCACUGAAUCACACUUUCUUUCAUUAAGAGAAAUUUAAUUAGAUCGUUACAAUCUUCAAGAAUACCAAAUUCACCCUUCGCGAAAUAAUGUUUAACCCUUAAAUAGCAUGGUAGGAUCAAAUUUGAACUUGUCGAAAUUAAAUCUGUAGGUUCUCCAUUCGAACGUGUAGAUAAUGACAUUCCUUCAAGAAAUGCUCAGGUGAAAUAAAAAAAUUAAAAAAAUCUUUUUGUUUAAUUUUUUUGAAGAUAUGUGUACGUGAAAGUAAUUAAAGAGUAAUAAUUAUGAAGUGUGUUAAAUUUUUGUGCAGAUGGCAUACGAGCAGUGUUAGCCUUGAAUUAUGUCUGUAUAAUUACUUCAUAAAACUUUCAUAAAGCAUAUAUUACACAAUAACAUUAAAUUUAGGUAUAAGGAAGUAUGUAUGACAAUUUCGGUUAAGUUGUUACCUUUUAUUACUCUUUACAAAUGAAUUAAAUUAUAAAUAUGAAUAUCUAGAAUCAUUUUAGUUUUUGAGGGAUUCCUUCAUUACUAGCAUAUUGUUAAUUAAAAUACUUUCUUGUAACUAAAGAAAAGAUUAUAGCAAAAACUAAGGAUAAACAAAUACUGGGUACAUUUCUGUAUAAAACAUAAAACAU